AUGGUCAAGUUGAUUAGUUUUUUUAGCAGCAAGAUGUUCUUUAAGAAAGAUCAAAAAACAUACAUGCCAUUCGCAAAAUUAAAGAUUGUCAUUUAUGGAAUGUUCAAAGUUGAAGCUCACUUGUAUAAGGAUGAAUAUUCAAGUGAAAAUUCAAGUAAUCACACAAAUGGAGAACAUUCAUUGAGAGAUUCUGAAAAUAUUGAACAUUUGGACCUUGUAAAUAACAAGUAUGAAUGGAUUGUCCAUUAUGGAUACAAAUUUGUGAGAUUUUCUAUUUUUAGAAAAGAGUAUUCCAGAAUCGUAUCGACCCAAAAACGAGCAAUAGAAAACAAACAAAGUUCAAAAGAAGAGAAUGUUGAUUCUCAAACAUCAAAAAAGAAGCAAAAACGAACAACUCCAUCGAACGUUGAACAGGAUGAAGGAAUAUCUUCUACCUUAUUUAUUGACAUUGAGGAAGACAUGACAAGUGACACUCCUAGUGAACAUCCUCCUACUGAAUAUUAUUCAUCGACACCUUUCAUUCAACCACAAACUGAAAUUUUGGAAAAUGCGUCACAACCCUCUAAACUCGAUUUGUUAAAAAAUUCAGUUCAAGAAUGGCUCUCUCGACUCUCCAAUGACCAAGAAACAAACAAAGGUCUUCUUCUCAUGCAAGAAACCAAUAAUAGAAAAUUGGUACAGAGUGUCAUUUAUCGAACACUGGACUCCAAUGUUUAUCAAAUUCUAGCUGUCAUUUAUGAAGUCGCUAAAGUGAUGAAUGUGAAUAAUGACGCUUGUCUUGACAAGGCAUUCAACUAUCUAGAAUCUCAAUUUCUAUGUGUAACCAAAGAAUUACCUCAACACGAAGAACGAAAAGUUCAGUUUUGUAAUCUUAUGAAAUCAAAACUUCCACAUGUCACAGAAUUUGAAUCUAUCAUUGAAUUGAUCUAUGGAUGUUUACAAUUUUUCAGUGCCACACAACCCAUUUCCAUGUCCACAUUCCAUCAAUUACAACAAUAUGCUCUGGAACUAUUUCCUCAAGAAUCAAAAGACAUCAUUUCAUAUUUCACACGUCAUGUCUUACCACAAAUGAAAAUGAUUGGAAAUCAUGUUUCUAGAGGUGGUGAUGAUCAAAAUUCUCCAUAUUCUGAACAAAACAUGUCACAACCGGAAAUGCAAAAAAGAAUUAUGGAUCUUCUCAUGAAUUUUAAGGAACAGACCAUGGGACAAACAUUUUUGAAACAAUAUGUGAAUCAAAUUCAAGCAUUGAAUCUCGAAGAUGGACUUUUGGAAUUGUAUCAAAAAACACUUUUGGAAUUUCCGCAUUGGGAAGAUGAGGUGAAAAAUGCAUAUGAAACUUGUUUAAAAAUUCUUGAAGAACGAUUAUGGAAUCAAUGUUUCGAUUCUCCACGAAGAUAUUCAUUUGGAUUUGUCACAAAAUUGGAACACAAGAAGAAUCUAUUUUGA